CCCGGCCGAGACGGCGAUGACUGUUCCCGGUCAACGCGCGCAGCCGCGCGCUGAUAUAGUGAUAAUUUCGCUCCAGAGACUCGAAGAAGACUAUUUUUACCCCAUUCCAAUCCAAUCUUCUCAUUAUCCAAUAUCCAUCACAAAUUCCCCGGAUAAAUCAACUCCGAGCUUCUCAUUAUCUCGUGCUGAAAAUCCACAGAUCUGAAAAAUUCACAUGCUUUGAUUGGGGUUUCGAAAUUACUCGGCCGGACGGUCAUCGGCCCAAUGUGUGCGGUAUUCCACAGGUCCAAGACGACGGCAAUGACUCCGUUCGCAGCUCCCUUCUUCGGCGGUUCUUGCUCGCAUCGUCUUAAGCAUCUCCACGAGCGGUUCGGUCGCGGUAUAUUGAGUUAACAUUCGGCUUCUUAUUUUAGCAGACCGAUUAACUGACUCGUACGUUUUUGCUAGUGUGGUUGUGUAUCAGAUCGAGGAUUGAUCCGGAGAAGAAAGGGUGGGAGGAUUUUCCUGUUAUUUUUGCACCAGUUAGGAUUUCGUAGCCUAGAUUGGGUUGGAUUGGAUUGGAUUGGAUUGGACUCGAUUAGGCUUCUGUUUGGGGGAUCUGGACGCUGUUGGUUAGGGCGUUAAGCUCAUUCCAUCACUGCGAGAGGUACUUUCUAUUCUUAUUUAGGGGUUAGAAGUUGUAGGUUCCAAUCAUGGAUGUCUCAGUUCAGUAUUUUGGCCCGAUGAAGCAAGAUUUGACUAGCCCUAAUGACUGGGGACCCUUGUGGAGAAACUGUAAGAAAGGUAGCGGCAACGUGGGUAGUUUGGUGGCGGAGCUUGGAAUUGCUCUUGAAGACGCUCUAGUUUUGCUAUCAACUUCAGCUACACCCUUGGGGAAGGAGGAAGAGUUUGAGGAUUUGAUUAAUGAUCGGGAUGAAUCUGUGACAGGAACACCUCAAAAUAAUUUGGGAAAGCAUGUGGGGAUGCCGUGCUCCAGAAAUGAACAUUUAUCUCAUUUACCCGUGAGUGGGGAAGACAAGAUUUCUAAUAAUGCAUCGGAUGGACUAAGUUCUUCGGAACCUGGCAACCCAAACUGUACCAGCAUUAUCUCUCUUCCCGUUGUCUCUUCUAUGAGAGGUAGUCGUGAGAAACGAGGACUGCAUGUUGAGAACCUGAGUGUCCGCUGGGCUCCUGAUGUUUACGACCCAACCCCUACAUCCCAAUCACACACAGUGAAACGCUACAAUGGCCCGAAGAUGUCCAAGAAGAGUAACCGGCACAAGCACAAGGGAAAAUCUCCACGAAGCAAUAUCGUUGACAAGAAACACCGGCGUAAAAGCUCAUGAAAAGUUGCCAGCUAGUACUAGUUAUAUCAUGCCGACUGGGUUUUGUUUUGCUGUUUCCUGAAACGAUUUCUAGUCCACCUUUAUUCUGUAGUAUUGCUUCUUGCUAAUGGUUGGCACAAUAUCCACAAUCAACAAAAACGAGGUAUGAUGUUGUGAUAAUCUGCUGUUUUGUUGUACGGAGUCGAACCUUAUGGGCAUUGCUUGUAAAUAACUUCUGUUUUGCGUAUUUUCCUUGUACAAAGGUUGGUAUUUUUGACGGGUAUGCGACUAUGCGUCUUAAUUUUGGGCAAAA